AUGGACGAUUAUGCUUCGAACGCUACGAGACUCGACGAUGUUUUCUAUCUGUCUCUCGAUGCACACCCCAGCAGCUGGGCGGCAUCUCUCACCGACGAUGAUGAGGGCAUGUCCGAGGCAGAGGUCGUGGACUACAUCAAAGAUAACAAACCUGACUUGUUCAAAAAGCUACACAACUUGCCUCUGAGGAGUUUCGACAUUCCCUUGGGCUUUCAUGGUCAACGUACACUUCAACGUCUUUCACGACUUACAGCUCGUGGCGCUACCAAUGCAAAGGCACCUUCAGUCCCCACCACAGGCCACUCACAUCGAGAGGUGGUCAAGGUCCCAGAUCUUGAAGCCGAAGGCUUCAGGCAGGAAACGCGCGAGGAGAUCGAGGAACGGGUGUACAAAGGUCACCAUCUCCGCGAGCACGAUUUACCUCCAUACGUUGAUCAUCCCCCUUGCAGCUACUUGUUCUGCCGCGAGCAGACUGUAAGAUCCGAGGCAACACAGGUUUACUACUCGCUGGAGUGCGAUGUGACCGACAUCAACAACGAUUGCACUACUCGCUCGGAGAUUUACAAGUAUUACUGCGCGAAGUGCUUCGAUGACAUAUUCGAUGAUCGUCGUCUGUAUAGAUCUGGCGAUCACUUUUACGAUAGAGCCGCGGAAACACAAGACCAAUUGCUGCUCGAUGGUAUUGAUCAGCAAACCGUCCUCAAUACUGCCGAGAGACUCUACCCACGUAUUACUCCACGGAAGAUAAACCACAAACGUCUAGUCAAUACGGAAGGUGCCGGUCAUCAGCCAUACGAUUAUCCCUCGAACUCUUCAACGGCUAAAGCACUUCGAGCUCAUAAGCAGCACGAGAUACACGAGUUGCUCACAGAGGUCUCUAGAUACGAGAAGACCGUUACGUCCCGCACAAUCCCUGACGAUUUGCCGUCGAGGUGCUCGUCACCAGAUGCUUCGGUGCUCAUCACUCGCCCUGUCUACAUGGAGACUAUGACCGAUCGCUACAAGAAGCAAGGACUGAGAGAGUAUGAUCGCAAGAAAUAUCUGAGAACACAGAGACAAGAAGAAGAGGCUGAUAAAGCCAAGUCAUCACCAGUAAACGCACGAACACAAGAGAUAUCUGGAUUGGAAAGAUUCUGCUAUUGUCGCGACUUCGAUGAUGAGACCGAAGUGUUACGGUGUAGUGCUGCUCAGUGCACUAUCGGUUGGUUCCACUUCCGAUGCACAGGACCUGAUCGACUUCCGACAAUUGGUGAACGAUUCUUGUGCUAUUAUUGUAGCAACAACGUUCAAGGCUUUGUGACCAAAGCAAGCUCUGAUGAAGAUGACCUCGAGACUCCACUUCAGAGCCCUUCUUUACAACAACAAAACGUGCAUUACGACUACGGACAUGAAGCUGAAUAUGCAACUGACAGAGAUGAAGAAGCUCACGAAGAGGACGGUGUCAACACUGCUUACGCUUGGGACAAUUCCAAGCAGGAAGGUUUGCAGGAAAAGAUCUCCAGGUGGACUGCUAUCAACAGUUCCGGACCAAACACACCAAAUCCAGCUCAUACCAAUUCCAUCCUCUCCCAUGACACAGCACAGGCACAGGCAGACAGUUCUCACGGUGACGAAUCAAGCAACAGCCCCAUCACACUUCCCACAAAGUACCCCUCAAAAACCACCGACUCUACCAGCCGACAAACCACGAGCAGUCUCCCGUCUUUCCACACCAACAAUACAGCCACGAACCUCGACGCACCGCGUACACCUCCCUCACAACCCACAUACAAGUCAUCAAAACCAUGGGGUACACCAAUUAACGUCAUAACACCAGCACUCAAUAGACUUCCUCUGACCUCAUCACCUCUGAGUCCGAGUCCGGCUACAAAGCGCAAGUUCAGUCAGAUUACUCAGGACACAGAAGAGUUGAAGAAUCAGCGUGGUCUGGAGAUGGCAGGUUCGGAGGACGAGGAUGAGGAUGGGGAGGAUGAGGUUGGUACGGGAAUUGUGGUUCCGUUUAUUCCUGAAGGAUGA